GGUUACCAACACAGCCUCACAAAUUAAGGGUCAAAUCACACAUUUUUACCAUUGCAUUAUUGCUGCAAAAUGAGUGUAGCUACAUAUCUUACUUCAUAAAUAUGUUUCCUUGAUGACUGUUCAGCUAUCUUCCUUUUUUUAAAUACAGCACACAAACUGUUGGAACAGGUUAUUACUGUUGUCAUUUGAGUAUUUGACACAUUAAACGAACUCAGACUUGUUGGAUUUGUCCUGUAAGUUCUCAUUGAAGUUAGCCAAAACAGAACCUUGGGAGUUCAGGUUUGCUGUGGACGUGCUCAAUAAUAUGUCACUGUUUUUGUGAUGAGUCCUUCAAUUUCAGCAUGUUAUUGAUUAAAAAGCUCAAGGAUGUCUGGUGUUGGGUACACCAUGAUCCUGAAGCACCCAGAGGCAAACUCAUAUCUAAACCAGUGAAAAGCAGAGCGGGAGGAUUUAGUUCUCAUUCUUGUUUCACUAUCCUGACCUAAGACCAUGUCAAGACUGAACUGUCUCUGGAUUUAUGUGUCUCUCCUCUAUGGAUCUGCAGUAUUUUCUUCAAAUAUUUCAGCCCAUAAUCAGCUACCAAAUGUGACUCUGGGUCAAGAUGUGAAGGACAAAGGCAUGGAUUCAUCAUUUCUUCAGCUGAGGGUCAGUUUAACAUCCUACUUGCAGCCAAUCCGCCCAUACACCCUGAUGACAAGGACUGAAGACUACCAAUACUUGCCUAAACCAAGACAUCGCCGCCUGUCUCAGCUCCUGCAUCUCCUGGGUUCCUCAUAUGAUGUGUUUUGGAUGUCUAUAGAGCAGCCAUCUGAAGGCCCUGGGGGUCAGGGUGAUAGAAAUUCUUUGUUGCGUGGUUUCCAUCUGCCUGCCAAUUUGCCCAACAAAACCACUGCCAAAGAGAAUUUUAAUCUGAGUGAUUCUCCAGAGUUGAGAGAGGCUGCAGCAAACCAGCAUCUGAAGCUGGAGGAAGAAGCAACAGAUCUAGACCUUAGCUCUUUGUCAUCAGAUGUUGCCAGAUCGGCCAGGGACUGGCUAGUACGAUCAGCCACUUGUGAAUUAAGCUACCAAUGGGUAGAUCUGGGUCCUGCUUUCUGGCCACGUUGGCUGCGGCAGACUGAUUGUAAAAAAUCAGAUGGAGGGCAAAGUUGCUCUUUUCCUAGUGGGAUGGAGUGUGUGAGAGCCAAGACAUUUCACAUCAAGAUUCUGGCUUGGCACUGCUUUGACAUCAGAGGAGACGAUGGGCCUAGGAGGAUUAAAGCCGACAAGUCUGAUGGAAGCACUGUGAUCAGGACGAAAAGAUGUUUGUGGAGGCAGGUGUCUUAUCCUGUGGUCACAGCUUGUAAAUGUUCAUGCAAAUGAAUGUGCUUCACACCUGGGCCAAAGAUUUCCAAUCUGUAGUGUUGUCUUUAUUUCUGUAUUACGCUGUCAUCGAGUACAUGUUAUUGAUUAAACCAUAAUGUGUUGAUUAUUCCUCAAAUCCUUAAGCCUACUUCUAAUCACUCAAUAAACUACUUCUAUUU